CAGACGGCCCUGGUGGGCGAUCGUGAGGCGCCGGAGGACGUUCCCCGCGGCCGGAGCCAUGGAGAUGCCGCUGCCGCCCGAUGACCAGGAACUCCGAAAUGUCAUCGACAAGCUGGCCCAGUUCGUGGCUCGGAACGGGCCCGAGUUUGAAAAGAUGACGAUGGAGAAGCAGAAGGACAACCCGAAAUUCUCGUUUCUGUUCGGAGGCGAGUUCUACAGUUACUACAAGUGCAAGUUGGCUCUAGAGCAGCAGCAGCUUAUCUGCAAGCAGCAGGCCCCGGAGCUGGAAGCAGCCACGGCCCUGCCACCGCUGCCACAGCCCCCGCUGGCCCCCGCUGCGCCCAUCCCGCCAGCCCAGGGCACCCCAUCCAUGGACGAGCUCAUCCAGCAGAGCCAGUGGAACCUGCAGCAGCAGGAGCAGCACCUGCUGGCCCUCAGACAGGAGCAGGUGACAGCAGCCGUGGCCCACGCGGUGGAACAGCAGAUGCAGAAGCUCCUGGAGGAGACCCAGCUGGACAUGAACGAGUUUGACAACCUGUUGCAGCCCAUCAUCGACACCUGCACCAAAGAUGCCAUCUCGGCUGGGAAGAACUGGAUGUUCAGCAACGCCAAGUCCCCACCGCACUGCGAGCUGAUGGCGGGCCACCUCCGGAACCGCAUCACGGCCGACGGGGCGCACUUUGAGCUGAGGCUGCACCUCAUCUACUUGAUCAAUGAUGUGCUGCACCACUGGGCCCUGACGCGCGGAAGGUCUCUCCCUCACAGCCAGCGCAAGCAGGCCCGGGAGCUGCUGGCCGCCCUGCAGAAGGUCGUGGUGCCCAUCUACUGUACCAGCUUCUUGGCUGUGGAGGAGGACAAGCAGCAGAAGAUUGCCCGGCUCCUGCAGCUCUGGGAGAAGAACGGCUACUUUGACGACUCCAUCAUCCAGCAGUUACAGAGCCCGGCCCUGGGGCUUGGCCAGUACCAGGCAACCCUCAUCAAUGAGUACUCCUCGGUGGUCCAGCCGGUGCAGCUGGCCUUUCAGCAGCAGAUCCAGACCCUCAAGACACAGCACGAGGAGUUUGUCAACAGCUUGGCCCAGCAGCAGCAGCAGCAGCCGCAGCCGCAGAUCCAGAUGCCACAAAUGGAAGCCGAAGUCAAGGCCACGCCGCCGCCGCCUGCGCCGCCCCCCGCCCCCACGCCUGCCCCAGCCAUCCCGCCAACCACCCAGCCUGAUGACAACAAGCCUCCCAUCCAGAUACCCGGCUCUUCCGAGUACGACGCCUCAGGAGGGGUCCAGGACCCUGCCGCCACCGGCCCCCGGGGUCCUGGGCCCCAUGACCAGAUCCCACCUAACAAGCCCCCGUGGUUUGAUCAGCCUCACCCCGUUGCUCCUUGGGGCCAACAGCAGCCUCCCGAGCAGCCCCCCUACCCACACCACCAGGGCGGGCCGCCCCACUGCCCGCCCUGGAACAACAGCCACGAGGGAAUGUGGGGCGAGCAGCGUGGGGACCCCGGCUGGAAUGGCCAGCGCGACGCCCCCUGGAACAGUCAGCCCGACCCCAACUGGAACAACCAGUUCGAGGGCCCCUGGAACAGCCAGCACGAGCAGCCGCCCUGGGGCGGGGGCCAGCGCGAGCCACCCUUCCGCAUGCAGCGGCCGCCACACUUCCGCGGGCCCUUCCCACCCCACCAGCAGCACCCGCAGUUCAGCCAGCCGCCACACCCACACAACUUCAACCGCUUCCCGCCCCGCUUCAUGCAGGAUGACUUCCCCCCUCGGCACCCCUUCGAGCGGCCGCCCUACCCUCACCGCUUUGACUACCCUCAGGGGGACUUCCAAGCCGAGAUGGGACCCCCUCACCACCAUCCCGGCCACCGCAUGCCUCACCCUGGGAUCAACGAGCACCCGCCUUGGGGUGGGCCCCAGCACCCUGACUUCGGCCCUCCUCCCCACGGCUUCAACGGGCAGCCGCCUCAUAUGCGGCGACAGGGCCCUCCCCACAUCAACCACGACGACCCCAGUCUGGUCCCCAAUGUGCCCUACUUCGAUCUCCCUGCCGGGCUGAUGGCCCCCCUCGUGAAGCUGGAAGACCACGAGUACAAGCCUUUGGAUCCUAAAGACAUCCGCCUCCCACCCCCCAUGCCACCCAGUGAGAGGCUGCUGGCGGCCGUGGAGGCCUUUUACAGCCCUCCCUCACACGACAGACCCAGGAACAGUGAAGGCUGGGAGCAGAACGGCCUCUAUGAGUUCUUCCGAGCAAAAAUGCGGGCCCGGCGGAGGAAAGGCCAGGAGAAGAGGAACAGCGGACCCUCGAGGUCUCGGAGCAGAUCCAAAAGCCGAGGGCGCUCCUCCUCCCGCUCCAACUCGAGGUCCUCCAAGUCUUCCGGCUCGUACUCAAGGUCAAGGUCUCGUUCCUGCUCCCGCUCCUACUCCCGCUCCAGAUCCAGGAGCCGCAGCCGAUCACGCUCCUCACAGAGCCGCUCCCGGACCCGCUCUCGCUCUCGGUCCAAGUCCUAUUCCCCGGGAAGGAGACGUCGGUCGCGGUCCAGGAGCCCCACCCCGCCUUCCUCGGCUGGUCUGGGUUCUAAUUCAGCACCUCCUAUACCUGACUCCAGGCUUGGGGAAGAGAACAAAGGACAUCAGAUGCUGGUGAAAAUGGGCUGGAGUGGAUCUGGCGGCCUCGGCGUGAAAGAGCAAGGAAUCCAGGACCCCAUCAAGGGGGGGGACGUCCGGGAUAAGUGGGACCAGUACAAGGGCGUGGGCGUGGCCCUGGACGACCCCUACGAGAACUACCGCAGGAACAAGAGCUAUUCCUUCAUCGCCCGCAUGAAGGCCAGGGACGAGUGCAAGUAGGCGCGGCACAGGCAGGGAGCCACGCCAGUGGCCGGCCACCGGCAGCGAGGGCUAUUGGACCCUUCUUGGCUUACUGGCAGUGGAAGAUGGUAGGGACAGCUCGGUUCUCACAGGGUCUCCAUCUGUGGGGAGCGACAGAAGAGAAGGAAGACUUCGGCAGGCCUUGUGACGAGUGCCACGCUUGAUGGCGCGGAUGGCCCAGGCCCCACCUGCAAACCAGCUCUAACGUAGCAGCAAGAGUCACGAGGAGAUGCCCAACCAACUCGACAAUGAGCUUAUUUCCCUGGACAGUGAAGCGAGAAGCAUAAGACCCCUGGAUAAGAAUUCUUGUCAUCUGAAGGAACGGCUGUCUCACAUCUCCCCUCAGCCUGAGCCUCUAAAACCAGUGGGAGUGCAUGGAGGAGGGGCCCUGAGGGCACACGCCAGCCCAGCCCAAGGGGCCGGCCCUCCCACUCUCCCAUCAGUUGUGUUGUGAGAAGGCUCAGGCCAGGCACCGGUACUGCUCACUCUUUAGAAAUGGAAAAACAAAAUCUUUUUGAUUUGCAAAGUUAAAAAGAGUUUUCAUUUUUACUCCAAGUGGUUUAGUUUUAGAAAAAAGAAUACUGAUCUAGGUUGAUACCCAGUGAGAUAAUUUGAAACCUGAUUCCUCUGAGACAUACUAGCCCUUAGUUAUUUAAGCUGUUUAAGUUGAGGUGUUUUUGUUUGUUUGUUUUCGGUUUUGGUUUUUUUUGAACGUUAGCCAUUUGCUGUUCCCUGCAGAAACAAAAGGUUCUGAGGAAACUUAUCUGAGGCAUCUCCAGGUCACGUAAUGAUGACGCCCUUGGAGAAUUUGUACCCUUAGUGUCUCUACUUGUGUUUUUCACGGAGAGGAACCCACACACCAGCACUCAACGUGCAACAGCCCAUUCACAUCCAGAGUGUGGAGAGCAACCACCGGCCCUGCUUCCUGCUCUGUCACUUCCUUUGCCUGCCCCAAGCCGCCCCCAAAGGGAGGUGAGGCUGGAGGGAGCCGCCUCUGCCGGGAGCUGCUGAGCGAACGCCUGGGAUCGGCUGCACUCAGCAUCCGCGGGCAGCUUGGUGCGGUGCCAUUUAUUUGUACAGAAACAUUUUUGAAAAAUUCUUUUCAAUAAGAUGCAAAAUUUUCUCCAACUUUUCCACCUGAUGUAAUAAAAUAUUUGAUUUUGUUCUAGAUUUCCUGUAGCUGUGAAUUGUUCAAACGUGUCUGAUUCAGGAUAAAAUGUAAACGUGUUAACAAUUUCUUGUGGAUUUUACUGUUUUGCCUUCAAAUAAAGACUUUUUUUUUAAAGACCUUUUUCUCUGUGCGUUUAAGUCAGAAGCGUGCUCACUCAGGCUGAGGAGGGAGGAGGUGCGUCCUGAGUGCAGACUUUGUCUGAAUUGUGGAGUCGGGUCAGAAGCUCUGCACUGGUGUCUCCUGGGAGUCCCCGGCGUGGAAGCCUGGUCCUGUUUCCUCGUGGCUCCAUGUGGCUCCAGACAGGCUGGCAUCCUCUGUCCUGCCACGAGUGGUGACAGCUCCACCUGGGGUUCCAUUUCUACCGGCCUGUGGUACGUCCUCUCGGGUGCCAUGCACACUGAGGAAAUGGGGGCCGGGAGGGCUCAACUACUCAGAAAAGGCUGCAGCUGGGAUUCCUCUCAGGUGAGUCCUGGGUGCCACCUGCCCCCACCACUGAAUGUCCUCUGGGAACUAAGGUGUGAGCGUCACGGCUGGUUUACGGGACCAGCUCUUUAGACCCAUGAGUCUAUCUCACCU